UUCAGUUUAUGACGAGUUUCAACGUUUAUGUCACCAACUAUAAUGACAUGUGGGUUUUCAUCAAGUGCAUUUUCAAUGGAGUUUUCAAAUUGUUCCCAAAAUGGAUUUACACAGUCAUUUGGUCUAUAUACUGUACAUAGAAGAUACGAGGAGUUAUUAAAAAUAAUUUCGACCCAGAUGGCCUCACCUGAUGGAAAUUCUAAAUCAAAACGCCGCUGGGCAGAGAUUAAAGGCGAAAUCUAAACAACGACACCCCCACCCUGUGAAUAUUCACGGUCUUUCCGGAAGGGAUUAUUAUUAAAAGCUGGAAGUGCUAUUUCUUCGUCAGAUAUACUGUUGUCUAAGUGGGAUUCCGUGAUACAUACUACGUGAAAUUCGUCUGCAAUAUUUUCAAGAUCAUGACCACGAAGGAAGGUGCAGCUAGGGACAAUGGAGGAUCGGAUUUACUUUACAAGGUUUCUGAGCGACCUCCACUUCACAUCACUGCCAUCCUCUCCUUCCAGCAAGUGCUGAUAUCCCUGGCCGGGUCACUAGCUGUAUCCUCCUUUGUGGCCGACGCAGCAUGCGCAGAGGACGACAUGGACCUCAAAUCGAGGCUGUUGAGUUCAACGUUACUGAUGAAUGGGGUCACGACCUUACUUAUGGUAACUAUAGGAAUAAGACUCCCCCUGUACCAGGGCGCUGCCGCUCUCUACAUUGUUCCGUUGAUAGCAAUACAAUCAGUGGACCAGAACAGAUGCCUUAUAUCAGAGGAAGCCAAUUCUACAAGACAUUAUGGCAUGUCAUUAUCAAGCAAUUCUAACACCGUAUCCUUCGAAGGAAUCGAAAAUCCGGCCUUAAAACACCUGGCUAUGACAAGGAUCAGAGAGAUGGCUGGCAGUCUGAUGGUGGCGGGAAUAGUUCAUUUUGCAAUUGGAGCAACAGGUUUGGUUGGAUUGGCCCUCAGAGUUAUCGGCCCUGUCACCAUAGUACCCACAGUCCUUCUCUCUGGUCUUUACCUGACCAGGGCGGUCACCAAGUUCAGCAAGACACACUGGGGGAUAGCUUUUGCAACCGCUGCUAUGGCCAUUAUAAUGUCAAUUUACCUAAGUAAAAAGAAAACUCCUGUACCUGCAUGGUCGAAGGAGAGAGGCUUCUACUGGACUCGCUAUCCAUUCCACCAAAUGUUCGCUAUCAUGAUUGGGAUGUUAUUCGGCUGGGCAUUAUCCGGAAUCAUGACUGCUGCUGAUGUCAUUCCGUUUGACCCCAAAAGCAUCCAUUUCAAGGCACGAACCGACGCCAGGGGCGAUGUAGUCGAGAAUGCAAACUGGUUCUAUUUUCCCUACCCAGGUCAAUUUGGAAGCCCAAUAUUCGAAACAGGUGCCUUCUCUGCAUUUCUCAUAGCGACUUUCAUUUCUAUAUUGGACUCCAUCGGGGAUUACUACGCCUGUGCAAUGAUCUGUAACGUCCCACCCCCACCUGCACACGGUGUUAAUCGCGGGAUAGCUAUCGAGGGACUAUGCACUGCCCUGUCAGGGGCUAUGGGAUGUGGUCAUGCUACUUCUACCCAAGGCGGCAACAUAGGAGCUAUCGGCAUAACAAAGGUGGCCAGUCGGAGUGUGUUUCUCGGUGCCUCCAUCAUCUUCAUCCUUUUCGGUUUGGUGGGUAAGGUGUCGGCCAUUUUUGUGACAAUGCCCUACCCCGUACUAGGAGGAGGAAUGCUUGUUAUGUAUGGGAUGUUUACGGGAGUGGUCCUGUCUAAUCUCCAAGUCGUGUCCCUCAAGUCCACCCGGAAUCUCGCUAUUAUCGGAAUCUCUAUCUUGUCUGGUUUGAUGAUUCCCCGUUGGAUUGAGACGACGCCUGAUGCUAUUGAUACAGGAAACCUGACUGCAGAUAAAAUACUGAAGGUACUACUUGCCAACCCCAAUCUGACUGGAGGUAUCGUAUCGUGUCUCCUUGACAACACAACUCCAGCAACAUUACAAGAGAGAGGGAUCUCUGCAUGGCGUCCACAACACAGUGUCAAACAAAACGGUGACGACAAAAACUCAUCGUUCAUCAUGGAGCAGAGUUCGCGUAGCGAGGGACUUGAGGUGUAUGAUCUACCGUUCUCCAUUAGAUGUAUUCCAGAAAAACUCCUCAAAUACAUACCGUUUCUACCUCGGCCAAACAAUAGCCAAGAAAUAUUCCCUAUGCCACAGUUCAAUGUAUGAUGCUGAA